GCAAGCACAAGCACACUUGCUCACUCACUUCUCCUCCACUUCACACUCCGCGGCUUCUCACCUAGUAAGCCCCGGACCUCGAAGCUCCCAGAUCGCGGCAAUGGCGGGGCGCAUCGAUCAUUGCACCGCGUACUCCCCAAUGAUUUGAUUCCACCCGAUCACCAUUGCUAGCAUCUAUCUCCUUCUCCAAUAAGCAAGCUCUCGUUAUUCUCCUCUUCUUUAGCUUGACUUCUCGCAAUGACUAACAACAACGGCAGCAGCAAUGGCAACGGCACGAACGCGGGGGCGAGCGGCUGGCUAGGCUUCUCGCUCUCGCCCCACAUGGCCUCCUCCAUGGACGACCACCACCACGUCCAGCAGCAGCAGCAGCAGAACCAUGGCCUCUUCUUCCCUUCCGUCACUGCCGCCGCGGCCGCCUACGGCCUCGGCGCCGGCGACGCCGUGGCCACCAGCGGGUCGUACUACACGCCGCAGCUCGCGUCCAUGCCGCUCAAGUCCGAUGGUUCGCUCUGCAUCAUGGAGGCGCUCCGGAGAACUGAUCAAGAUCACCACGGGCCGAAGCUUGAGGACUUCCUGGGAGCGGCACAGCCACAGGCCAUGGCGCUGAGCCUCGACAACGCCUCCAGCUUCUACUACUACGGCGGCGGUGGUGGGGGACACCACCACCACGGCCACCACGGUUUCUUGCAGCCGUGCGUCGACGUGUACGGCGGAUCCUCGGCGCCGGCGCUUGUGGCCGAUGACGAGGCUGCUGCGGCGGCUGCUGCCACGGCAAUGGCGAGCUGGGUGGCCGCGCGCGCCGAGAGCGGCGUUCUGUCUGCCGCGGGGGCGGGGCAGCAGCAGCAGCACCACCCGCUGGCCCUGUCCAUGAGCUCCGGGUCGCUGUCGAGCUGCGUGACCGCGGCCCACGCCCAGCACGGCGCGGGGAGCGAGUACGGCGUGGUGGCGAUCGACGGCGGGCGCAAGCGCGGCGGCGCGACGGGGCACAAGCAGCCGGUGCACCACCGCAAGUCCAUCGACACGUUUGGGCAGAGGACGUCGCAGUACAGGGGCGUCACGAGGCAUAGGUGGACGGGGAGGUAUGAGGCGCACCUGUGGGACAACAGCUGCAAAAAGGAAGGCCAGACCAGGAAAGGCAGGCAAGUUUAUCUCGGCGGGUAUGACAUGGAGGAGAAGGCGGCGAGAGCCUACGACUUGGCGGCGCUCAAGUACUGGGGCCCCUCCACACACAUCAACUUCCCGCUGGAAGAUUACCAGGAGGAGCUGGAGGAGAUGAAGAACAUGACAAGGCAGGAGUAUGUGGCUCACCUCAGAAGGAAGAGCAGCGGUUUCUCACGGGGCGCCUCUAUGUACCGAGGAGUCACAAGGCACCACCAGCACGGGAGGUGGCAGGCGCGCAUCGGCCGCGUCUCCGGCAACAAGGACCUCUACCUCGGCACCUUCAGCACGCAGGAGGAGGCGGCGGAGGCGUACGACAUCGCCGCCAUCAAGUUCCGCGGCCUCAACGCGGUCACCAACUUCGACAUCACGCGCUACGACGUCGACAAGAUCAUGGCCAGCAACACGCUGCUCCCCGGCGAGCUCGCGCGCCGCAGGAAGGACGACGAGGUCGCCGUCGCCGACAGCAGCGCCGCCGCCCUGGUGCAGGCCACCGGCAGCACGGACACCUGGAAGAUUGCCGCGGCGAUGUCCGCCGCCCCGAGAGCCAACGAGCACAACCAAAGUCACCACGACGUGCUGUCCGGCGCCGAGGCCUUCUCCGUUCUGCACGACCUGGUUGCCGCAGCGGACGGCAACAACGCGGCCGCGCACAUGCCCAUGUCGAGCGCGUCGUCGCUGGUCACGAGCCUGACUAAUUCCCGCGAGGGGAGCCCCGACCGCGGCGGCGGCCUGUCCAUGCUCUUCUCAAAGCCGUCCCCGGCGCAGGCGAAGCCGAUGAGCCCGCUGAUGCCGCUGGGCUCCUGGGCGUCCCCGGUGUCGGCCAGGCCGGCCGCCGUCUCCAUCGCGCACAUGCCCGUGUUCGCCGCCUGGACCGACUCGUGAGUCCCAUGACCGAUCGUCCCACCAUGCACGCGCGCACCUCCCGAUUCGUUCUUCGCGCAUGCAUGCGCGCGCGCGCGCCCGCUGCCUGUCGCUGGUCGUCUUCGCUUAGUUAAUUUAGGGUACUUGGAUUAAUUAGCCAUGGGAGAUUGAUUAGUCAAGCUAGGCGAGGGGAAUGAAUGCACGGCACGGCCUCCGCUGUUUCCUUCUUCUCCGGCGUCGACCACGACGACGGUCGGGUCCGAGAAGAAGGGGUUUUGUAAUAUGGAGGCUGGAGACCAGGUGCAUCUCCUCCAAAAAUAUAUCCAAA